GGACCCGUCCAGUGCCACGCUCUGGCGGGAGGGGCCGCCUCCCCCGCCCCCCGCAACGGCUGCCAGGCCAAUGGUCUCGGGGCGCCUCUCCUCCGCGGGCGGGGGCAUAGCGCUCGGCUCUCUGCGCCGCUGAGUGACCUUCGAAGGGUUCAGGGAGUGCCAAGGAGAGGAAGCCGGGAGUUCAUUAUCUCCCUUCCUCCUCCUGGCAAAACCCGAGCGGUCCCCCCCCCCCCCGCCCGACCGCCUGCAUAUCUGUGAGGAGCUGCUCGAGUGUUUCGCUCUCCUUUUAGUUGCGUUCCCCGAGAGCGAAGGGAGUUUCCUACCGGGAUGGGGGUAUUUCUGGCCUUGGCUGCUGCUCACGGGUUUACUUUGGUACCUCACCGCCCGCCCCCCGCCUCGUUUUGUCAAUCCUGUUUAAGACCUUUCCAGGCGGCCAUGGGAAUACCAGGGAGGCGCGCGCUCUCCGUGCAGUGUUGCAUCCCCCACAGUUUCCGAUGUAAUUACACGCACAGCAGUUGACUGCACCCCUCUGUCUUAGUCUCGUGAAACCGGUUCCACUUGUGGGGCCACGCUUGGAGAGCGUGACUAACGCUUUGCCUGGGUGCUUGUGAAGCACGUCGCACUUGGAAGUUUUUGAACAUCUAAUGUAAAUACACAGAAAAAGAAGGUAAACUGAACUUGAGAAAUGGCAGGCUUCCUAGAUAAUUUCCGAUGGCCUGAAUGUGAAUGUAUUGACUGGAGUGAGAGAAGAAAUGCAGUUGCUUCUGUGGUAGCUGGAAUUCUGUUCUUUACAGGUUGGUGGAUAAUGAUUGAUGCAGCAGUAGUUUACCCUAAACCAGAACAGAUGAACCAUGCAUUCCAUACUUGUGGAGUAUUUUCCACACUAGCUUUUUUCAUGAUAAAUGCUGUGUCAAAUGCUCAGGUGAGAGGAGACAGCUACGGUGAUGGAUGUUUAGGAAGAACAGGUGCUCGUAUCUGGCUCUUCAUUGGCUUCAUGCUGAUGUUUGGCUCACUUAUUGCUUCCAUGUGGAUUCUUUUUGGAGCAUAUGUUACCCAAACAACCACAGACUGCAAGCACUGUGAGAGGACUGGGUUCUGUGAUUUCCUUUCACCAGAAGGUCUUCUGCCACAGCAUCCUCCUGCUCUAAAGAAAGGGCAGAUGUUCUGAAGCAGUGAGAAAGAGGAAGGAUCUAUUAUGUUGGGGGAAGGGUGACACAGGAGGCCUAGAAGCUAGAAGAAAGGCAUGAUUUCUGGUCCUCAUGCUGUAACUUCAGAAACUGAAUACUGUUUUGUUUUGUUGUUUGUUAAAUCCAGAUUAUGUUUAUAAAUAACUGUGUGUGUGCAAUGUGUAGUACUGACCUGAACAUAUUCCUAAAUAUUUUCAUUAGUUUGAAAUCAUAUGUCUUCCUGGGAGCUACUGGGAAGUGUUUGCGGGGUGGGACAGACUCUUCCAAAAUUUUGAGGAGCAUAUGAAAUUUUCAAAAAGGUUUGGAGUUGGUGGGCCAGCUUACCAGUGGUGGCAGCGGUGGCGUAUAUUAUUUCUUUUACAGUAAACAUUGUGGUAGCAACACUUGAAAUGUUGCUACUCUUCCUGACAGUUGACUCCUUCCAGAUGCCUCCCUCCCCACCCCAGAAAAUGAAAUGACACAAUGUAGCCACACUCUGAAGUGCUGCUGCCGCCGCCUCUGAUAAGCUGCCACAUACCCCUGUCUUACGUUUGCUGCCCUUUUUGUUGUGAAAGGAGCAGCAAGUGCGGUGGGGGGAUGUUCAGGUCAGCACUAAUGUUUUAUAUUUUUACACUCACAAUCUGAACAAAGGCUUGCGUAUGUGAGUUGAGGCUGCUUGCUCUCCUCACUCCCUUUUCCAACCGCAACUUGUCACACUGCACAUGGUGAUUUCUUCUUUCUGUGCAGAGUUUGGAGAUGACUUGUUAAGUAGUGUGGGGAUCUACAAUCAGAGGGAGGAGUGUGAAACUAUAGUGUUGGCACUCUAAAUCAAAACUCAUAUCUAACAGCAAGAAUUGACACUAUCUACUGUAUCUUUAAAAUACUGUUCCAUCGUUAUAUCAGAAAGUGAGAGAGAAACCUUGUACUGCCUUAAUUUUGUUUGUGUUUAUAUUUUGU